AUGAAGGAUGUUAUGCCGCAUAGCAAAUAUUUCGUAUGCGACAACGGCCGAAAUGUUCUUCACGCAAUUGGAGAAACCACUUCUAGUUUCGUGCAAUCAAUUCCACGUCAUGGAGACCGAGUUCCAGCACCCCCAUUUGAAUUUUACCCAAAUGAUCCAUAUCUAAAGAAAAAUUUUGAUCCUCCAGGAUAUGGAAAAUUAACUAAAAGUGGCGAGUUAAGGGAGUUCAAUCUGGGUAAAUUUCUUCGAAAGACAUACAAUGAUUUUUUCGGACCUGAGUACGUCCACGGUGCUGUUGAAUCUCGAAGUACAGACGUCAAUCGAACAAAAGAAUCUGUAAAAUUGAUUUUGGAGGGUUUGUAUCCAGGAGAAAAAAUACCUUCAACGUGUGAGACUAAACUAAAGGAUGUCCUGCUUUUCCCACAAUUGUGUCCUGGAUACGUAAGAGAUUACUUGAAAGCAAGAUUGGCAACAAAGGGAGAGCUGCAAAAAUUAGAAGGAUUUAUGAAAAAACUGAGCAAAUGGACAGGCAAAAAAAUUGAUGCGGCCCUGGAUAUGUACCUCUUUUACACGACUUUGGAAGCUCAAAAGUUUAUGAAUCUUACUCUGCCAUCUUGGGCUCAGGGUAUCUAUCCAGAUGGCGAUCUUCUUACAGGAAGUGUUCUUGAAUUUAAAAUAAUGAAUUUUGACGAUGAAAUGAAAAAACGAAACAGAAGCAGGUUAAUCAAAAAAAUGAAAGAAGAUAUGGAGUCUGUAGAAAACGGUUCAAUGAAUGAAAACCGAAAACUCAUGUUAUACGGUGCCCAUGAUCUUAACGCUGUUGCUGUUCUGAAGGCUCUGGAUGUUUACUAUCCGCACGUGCCCAAAUUUUCAAGUGCUGUGAUUGUAGAAUUACAUCUUAUGGAUCAAGCUUAUUAUGUGAAGCUGGCCCGUCAUGGAGAUCGCAAACCAGAGCUCCCACUUGAAAGUUACGAAACUGAUCCUCAUAAAAAUGAAGACUUUGAUGGAACAUUAACCGAGAAUGGCAGGAAGAGGGAACUUGAUCUGGGUAAAUUUCUUCGUUCUAAAUACGAUGAAUUUUUGGGAUCUACUUACGUGCCUGGAUAUAUAGAAGCUAGAACCACGGACGUCAAUCGUACAAAAGAAUCUGCAAACUUAAUUUUGGAGGGUUUGUAUCCAGGAGCGGUGAUAGAUGUAACAUCGACGUCUAAAGUGAAGGAUUCCCUGCUUUACCCACAAAUAUGUCCAGGAUACGUAACAGAUUACGUGGCAGCAACAGUAGACUCAAGCAGCGAACUGGAGAAAUUUGAUGAAUUCAUGGGAAAUUUGAGUGAGUGGACAGGCCAAACAAUAAAUUCCGCGCUUCAAAUGUAUCUUCUUUACACGACUUUGGACGCCGAAUAUUUUAUGAAUCUUGAAUUGCCAUCUUGGACUAAUGGUAUCUAUCCAGAUGGCGAGCUUUUACAAGGAACACUUCUGGAACUUCAUAUAGAGAACUAUAACGAAAAAAUGAGAAUUAGAAAUGGGGGCAAGUUGAUGAGCAAAUUCAGUGCAGAUAUGGAGUCUGUAAAAAAUGGAGAAAUGGAUGAAAACCUAAAACUAAUGUUAUACGUCGCUCAUGACCUUAACAUUGUUGCCGUUCUCAAAGGUUUCGGUGUCUUCGAUCCACAUGUACCCAAAUAUUCAGCUUCUGUGAUUCUAGAAUUACAUCUUAUUGAUGAAACUUAUAAUGUGAAGCAAUUUUUACCACCAGUUUUUCUGUGCGACGACACUAGGUUCAAAUAUUCGCAUUACAGACGCUUCGGCACAGUCGAUAAAAAUGGUCCCAGGCCAGGUAGACCUCAGCACACUUUUCGAGCAGCUUUCUUUAGUGACUACUAUAGUUUUAAAUAUGAAGGUAGCAAUCAAGAAGGUAGCUUCCGGUUCAUUUCAUCGCAGUCGUUCUCAAUCUAUCAGACCGCACAAGCAGAGAAACCGAAGACGCAAGAAAUCGCAAACACUUGCCCUGGACCGGUUCAAGCAAGGGAGGAAGGAAUUCCAGGAUAUGUUGCAAGACAAGACAAGACAAGAGUCUCAAUGAGUAUCUGGGAAUCACCUUUUCACAGUGUCCCUAAGAAGAUAGAUUACAUGAAGUUCAACUCCUGGAACAUUCCUAACAAGUACCAUGUGCCACAUCCCCACGACUUUACACAUGAUAUUUUUGCUGAAACUAUUUUCACUACGAUCUAA